AGAAGAUAAGUCACGCUCGGGAAGAUUUGCGGUGGACUUAAAGUUGUAUUUGGCUUAGCUUAAGUUUCAUGACUAGGAAUUCAAAUGUUCCAUCCAAGGAGUGGAUGGAUUUACCAAGGUAUAGCAAAGACUAUAUCGAGGGUGUUCAAUCUUUCUUAGAUUUUGCUUACUCUUAUGGAGAUCCUCAAGGCGAAGAAAUUCAAUGCCCAUGUGCAAAGUGUUGUAAUAUUCGUUGGACUCGAAGGAAUGUAGUGUAUGACCAUCUAAUAUGUUAUGAGUUUGUUCAAGGUUAUACAAGAUGGAUUAAUCAUGGGGAAAAGGAAAUUUCGAUGAAUGUUAAUUGUGACAUGGAUGAUAAUGUUUACUCUUACGAUGAUAUUGAUGGGUUGUUGAAUGAUCAAUUUAGAAAUGUUGCACAUGCUGGUGGAGUGUAUGAAGGCCCAAAUGAAGAUGCCAAAAAAUUUUAUAACUUAGUUGACGAGGCAAGCCAAGAACUAUAUCCGGGUUGUAAAGGAUUCUCUAGAUUAUCUUUUACAAUCCGUCUGUAUUUGUUGAAGUGUCUACAUGGAUGGAGCAAUGCGUCUUUCACUUCUCUUUUAGAGCUAUUAAAAGAGGCGAUGCCUAACUUGAACAUUCCUAUAUCCUACAAUAAAGCCAAAUCUAUGGUAAAGGAUCUCGGUCUUGAUUAUGAAAAAAUUGAUGCAUGUCCCAAUGAUUGCAUGCUAUUUAGGAAUGACCAUAAGGAUGAUGAAUAUUUUCAUGUAUGUGGAGCUUCUCGAUAUAUUAAAUAUCCUGAAGUAGAUAGCGAUGAAGUAGAUAGCGAGCUUGAGGCUUCCAAAAAAGGCUAUCGUGUUCCAGUGAAAAUUUUGAGACACUUUCCAUUAAUUCCUAGACUUAAAAGGCUAUUUAUAUGCUCAAAGACUGCAGAUACAUUGAGGUGGCAUGACGAGGGGCGUUCUAAAGAUGGAAAGUUAAGGCAUCUGCUGAUGGGCAAGCAUGGAAAGACUUUGAUAGCUUGCAUUCAGAAUUUGCAAGGAAUUCUCGCAAUUUGA